AUGAUAAAGUUGCAAGUUCACAUUGUUCCGCCGAGCGCUGCGAAAGCAAACAAACCACUCGCUUACAAUGGAACUGGAAAUAAUGUGGAUAUGAGUGUGAUGCAAAUGCAAUCGCAGAUUUACCCCGGUUCCCAAUCCCAGCCUAAUAAUUCUUACUACCCAAACUUCACGCUCAAUGGCUCAAGUACGCCACUUGUUAACGGGAUUUCGAGUUUCAAUUCCCAGCGGCCAAGUUAUGGCCCGUCUCCGCAUAUCGUGGGCACGUCCGAUGGUAUCAAAAAAUUCCUUCACAUUACGAAAAGUUCAAGCACGCUUCAGGAUGUUUGUGUUGAGAUUCAAGAGAGAUUCUUGAGGCUGUAUCCUGAACAAGAGCCCAUCAUCAUUCAUCAAAUUCAGGAUAGCAAUGAGUGUGACCUGGACCCGGAAUACUCAGUUUCAAUGAUUUUUGAUACGGACAAUAUUUUGCGUGUUCUCGUGGAAAAUGAAUUUACUGGGGAAGAGGAGACCGAUUCCAGAGGAAAGCGCCACCUUCACAACGAUUUGAAUCAGAUCGUCAAGAAAACAAGAUCCUCUCGUAACCAACGUGUUUGGCACGAGGCUCGACAACCUCCUUUGUUAGAAGCUGACGAAGCAUCCCAUCAAUCCAAUUUGUCGCUUCCAGCUCCCAAUGAUGGCCAUCAGGACGCUACUGUAAUCAUUGAGCCAAAGAAGAAUCUUAGCCCGCGAAAUGCAAGUCCGGUGAAUGCGCCUGGGUCUCCGACAAGAAUAACGUCUGGAAUGCUGACGUCCCAAUUCCAGCCCGAUCUGUCAAAAGCUCUGGAUGAAAACGAGAAAGACGAAGAACGCGAUUUGCAAAUAAAUGACGUACUAACUGACAGCGAUCACUAUCAAAGCGAUUCUAAUCAGGAUACCUCUGCUGUAAGAAAGAGGCCGAGUGUGCCAACUAAAGCUGAUGUGAUGAACCGAAUUUCCUCAGUGCAGCGGAAAUCUCCAGUGCAGUUGAACGACACUUCAAACUCUUCCUUUUCUUCCAUCCCUGCUCAGACUCCUACACCUGCCAAUGUCGUCUCAAAUCCAUCAUUUAAGGAGACCAAGCCUAUGAAACCAUCUCAAGUCACGAAGAAGCUGAAUGACUCCGUCAAGGGUCCGGAUGCAGAUUUCGGGAAAAAGACGCAGCAAAAGGACACCAACAAGGAGUCCACAACCCCAAAGGCUAGAGGCAAGAAGCAAAAGGAAACAAAGGAACAGAACGAGCAGAAAAAUGGUUCCAAAGAGGACGCAAAUCAGCAUCCACCAGCUGAGGAGACGCCUGUCGCCAAGCCUCGCAGAGGCCGUCCUGUUGGCAGCAAGAAUCGCGUCAAGAAGGCUGAGGCAAAAGAAGACGAAUCCCAAAAUGGAGAGGAGACCGCAAAGCCAGAGGAAAAGAAAAAGCCAGCCCGCAAGUCUAAAGCAAAAAAAGUCGAAGCGGCCGCAGCAGAGAGUAGUGAAACAAAGGACACAAAUACGAACAAAACUGCUGCCACCGAACCUACUUCACAGAAUGCAGAAAGCAAGACUGCUGCUGAUACCAGAGAGAAUGAUUCUGCAAAAAAUCAUUCUAGUGAUGCACAGAAGCCUGGCACAAACUACACCCGAGCAGAAGUGAUUGGCCUGCUAAAAGAUGGAAUGAAAGGAAAAACAAAAAGUAACGAUGCUCCUGCUCAUCAAGUACAAUCUAACGGUAUAGCUGAGAAAGCAGGAAAGCCACCGGUGGCUUCAAACUCCCAGCCGCUUGUAUCACAACCGGCAGAAAGUGAGUCGGAUUCUAGCGACGAUGACAAUGAUGACAACGAUGAUGACGAGUUAGAGGAUGAACAGGAGACAAUGAAAAGACCUAGAGUGGUGAAUGCACCAAAGGGCCUACUCAGCAACACCUCUGUUCUUUCCUCGCGCAAUAAUUCCACGUUGAAUGAAAGCCAAAUCUCGUCUCCACCUCCAAGCACACAAGAGGGCCGUGUGGUUCCUCAACUGCUUUCGCAGUCCCAGACACAGCCACCACAUGCCUCUCAAUCUGAAAGCUCGAUUUCUUCGCUUCCAAAACUGUCUCAAUUGAUGGAACGUGGUCUCCCUGAUGUCAGGGAAUUCAGCCAGGGUGUCCGGGCAAUUUCUGCUUUCAGGCAGGAGAAGUCUGAAUCCGAUUCCGAGACUGAGUCUUCUGACUCCGAGGAUGAUUCGGACGACUCGCAGGACGAUAGUUCGGACUCGGAAACUGUGGGAUCCCAAAGAUACCUUGAUGCGAAGAUGGCAAGUAACAUUGUUUCCAAGGCUAAGGGCAAGAAGAAAAACCAUGGAUUUUUGGAUCUAAUGAAAGAUGCUCGAAAAUAG